AUGUCUUCCUACAAUGAACCUGAGUACUGUUAUCCAGCUAUAAACAAUUCCUGCAUAAAAAGCUCAAGGUCGCCAUUGGUUCAUACUUUUCUGUAUGUGUUUGUCAUUGCCUUUGUUAUUAUAACAAUGUGUGGAAAUUUACUAGUAAUCAUAUCUAUAACUCAUUUCAAGCAACUCCACCAUCCUACAAAUAUUUUAAUUUGCUCUUUGGCAGUUGUUGAUUUUCUUGUAGGCUUCAUUAUUAUGCCAUACAGCAUGGUAAGAACUAUAGAAUCCUGUUGGUAUUAUGGGGAUAGAGUCUGCAAAAUGCAUAGCACUUUUGAUUUGAUGUGUUGCUUGUCUUCUGUAUUUCAUCUUUGUUUUAUUGCAGCUGACCGUUACUACGCUGUGUGUGACCCCCUACAUUACUAUACAAAAAUAACUAUCUCCACAGUGAUAGUAUUUAUAACAGUAAGUUGGACAGUGCCAUUCAUGUUUGCAUUUGGAAUUAUUUCAGAAGUAUCAUUUGAUGGAAUCAGGGAUUAUGCUGCAUCGAUUACCUGUAUUGGUAUGUGCCUGAUGUUGUUCAAUAAGCUGUGGUCUGUAUUAAUUUCCAUUAUUGCUGUUGUUCUUCCUACUACUGUAAUGAUUAGCAUUCAUUUUAUUAACCCAACCUUUCUAUUUUUCCCCUUUUACAAAACCUCCUUCCCAUGA